GGUUAUACGAUCCGGAUCAAGCCCACCUUGACCAAUAGCCAGUAGCCAUGGGGAUGAAGCAGCGGCACCUCUGCCUCGCCGUCGCAGCCGUCGCCGUCGCGGCCAUCCUGCUGACCGCUUCGGCCAAGAAGUCCGCCGACGUGACGCAGCUUCAGAUCGGCGUCAAGUACAGGCCACAGUCAUGUACCGUACAAUCUCACAAAGGCGACAAAAUUAAAGUGCACUAUCGUGGUUCACUCACCGAUGGAUCGGUAUUUGAUUCUAGCUAUGACAGAGGUGACCCCUUUGAAUUUACUCUUGGGAGUGGCCAGGUGAUAAAAGGUUGGGACCAAGGGUUACUAGGUAUGUGUGUCGGCGAAAAGAGGAAGCUAAGAAUACCUUCAAAGAUGGGUUAUGGGGAGCGAGGCUCCCCACCAAAGAUUCCAGGUGGAGCAACUCUGGUUUUUGACACGGAGCUUAUCGCUGUCAAUGGAAAGACAUCUGGUGCUGAUACCUCCGAAAGCAACAGCGAGCUUUGAUACAUGGAAGGAAAUUGGCCUCCGUUCUGUGAGCCCGUCAGCUAAAAAUGCUGCUGUUUCCAAAUUCCAAUCAUUUUCACAAUGUUUGAAGUAUUGCAGUAACUAGACCAUACCUAGUGAGCCUCUUGACUGUCUUACUGUUCAUGUACACUUUUUUUAUGAAAUAAAACCUCUUGCCAA